GUUUCAAUGUUGUACGUAUGAAAUUAGUGUUUAGGGUUUACUUGAUUCCUGAAAGUAUCUUUGCCUUUGGAUCUUGGAAGAAUUGUUUAUCGGGUUUGGGGUGGUUUGAAUAAGUGCUUCCUAGAACUGUUGCUAGAACUGCUGCUUCCUAGAACUGUUGCUAGAACUGCUGCUUCCUAGAAGGGGCUUUCAAUUUGAGAUAUAACAUUUUGGCGGGAAAAUUUGUAUGGCGGGAAGGAGGGAAUUAGCGCUUCCUAGAACUGCUGCUAGUAGCUUAAGGGAACAAUUGGCUAGAACUACACUUAACAAUGUCAGAGCACAAGGACACACGUAUGUGGAGCUUCGUGAAGAUGGGAAGCGGCUCAUAUUCUUUUGCACUUUGUGUCUUUCUCCGUGUUACAGUGAUUCAGUGUUGUUUGAUCAUUUGAGGGGUAAUCUUCACACUGAGAGGUUAUCUGCUGCUAAGGUUACUCUCUUGGGACCAAACCCUUGGCCUUUUAAUGAUGGUGUUCUUUUCUUUGACAAUUUCUAUGAGAAAGAAAAACAAUUAAAAAAUGAGAGGUUGUUGGAGUGUCACAACAAUGAUAACAAUCAAGCUAUUAUUGAAUAUACUGGAAAUUGCAAACUCAACAAUUAUGUGUGUGAUGGGCUUGAGAUGAGUCAUGGGGAAAGGACAAUCGGAAUCCAUGCUAAGAAUGGUGAUUGUGGAAACUGUGAUAAGGUGAUUCCAGGAGUGUUUCAUAAGAAUAGAAUUACUGAUUUGAAAGUUAGGUUCAUUGGUGUUGGACAAAUUGCUGCGACGAUGCUUCAAAAGGACAAGGGUUCCACUGAGAUCUCUAAAAUAUGGUGUGAAUGGUUGGGGAAAGAGGGACCUAUUGACGAGGACACAGACAAGAUUCCAGAUCAUGACUUCGCUGUUAUAACUUUUGCUUAUACGUAUGAUCUGGGUAGACAGGGGCUGUUUGAUGACGUGAAACUAUUACUCUCUUCUAGUCAUGCAGAAGAACUUGAGAGUAGUGAGACAACUACUGCGAGGAAAAGAAAGAAGUCAUUUUCUGACCCAGAAGAUGUUAGUGAAUCUUUGAGUAUUCAAUCCAAUUCAUCUGGGGAGUUUGCUUCAGCCUCCAGUAGUGCUACUUCAAGUUUGCUUUUGGAUCGAUACGAUGACCAGCUUCUGGACACAAGGUUUAUAUCUAGCAAGUCUAUAAGGCGAGAGUUGAGACGACAACAGCGCAUAGCUGCUGAAAGAAUGUGUGAUAUCUGUCAGCAAAAGAUACUUCUUGAUAAAGAUGUAGCAGCACUAAUGAAUACGAAGACUGGAAAACUUGCUUGCAGCAGUAGAAAUAUGAAUGGGAUAUUUCAUGUAUUUCACAUUUCCUGCCUCGUACACUGGAUCCUUCUCUGUGAGUAUGAAAUAAUGAUGAACCAGUCAGUCAGUCCAAAAGGGAAACGAAAGUCUAGGAGAAAGAAUGGAGCCAAGCACAAUGAAGUGGGAAAGGAUGGAGAACUUAUAUCUACAAACCAAAUUUGUUCUGUGCUCUGCCCAGUGUGCCAGGGUACUGGUGUGCACAUUGAAGGAGAUAAGCUUGAGGAAGUAACUGUCACUCUCUCUCAGAUGUUCAGAUAUAAGAUUAAAGUGAGUGAUGCACAUAGAGCUUGGAUGAAAAAUCCUGAAGUGUUGCCAAACUGCUCAACAGGAUUUCAUUUCCCUCCUCAAUCUGAAGAAACGUUUCAGGAAAAGGUGUUGCCUCUAAAAUUGCUUCAUUUCUAUAGUGCCAAUGAACAGUAGUCAUGCACAAGUUUUACCGAGAUGAGCCUUGCUAAUGACCUAUAGGUUUAGUAAUAGCAUGCAGAAUUUGCUGUAAACAAACAUUUAUCAUGUAACCUGUUGUACAGGUAAUUGUCAUGUUUCUCAUGAAAUUCUUGAAUGGCACUUCAGACAAGGGUGGGUGCGUUCAGGAGUUUAACCUUUGUGGAUAGCUGUAUAUAUGUUGUCUAACAGAGGUCCAUACAUCAGUGUACAUUGCUUGCAUGUGUCUGCACUGUAAAUGAAUUGGUAGAUUGACUCUUAAUUGUUGAAUGCUGUACUUCAUUUCUAUAUUUUUUUUCUUUCUUAACUUAUUGAUUAAACAGUUUAGCCC